AUGAUGUGCCUUGUAAGUCAGAUUGCUCUCUUUCCACCAAUUCAGGAUCCUGCAACGUUUCCUGAGAACUGUAGUGUGUUUCAGGAAUUCAAGCUACCAAUAGUGGCAGCGAAGUGGGCCUGGCUACUGCAGGAACUACCGUCAUUUAUCAUUCCUCUCUGUUAUUUCGGUGCCAGUUUCACGAAUUUGCACAUUAUAAGAGCAAUGACCCUCAGCUUUUUUAUCCUGCAUUAUUUCAACAGGUUGCCGUUUUUGGUUGAACUGUUGGUGAAUGGUAUCGCCUUUGGCACCAUCCACACAGAAUGCUGCUAUUAA